UGCAAUUAUUCUUUAAAUUUUGGAAUGUCUAUACAAGAUAAAACGAUCGGAUCUAUUAGCGGAGAUAUGUACAAGCAUUUUCGAAAAUCUAUGGUACCCUUUGUAACAUCAGAAGUACAGACCGCAGAUGUCUUGCCACAUUGUUUGGAGCACAAGACUCUGUAUGGAAUUCUACAAAAUACACAGAGGCGGUGUUACACUGCAUUCUCUAAAUCGAAACCGUACAAAAAUGCAGAAACGCAGACGGAUUAUAGAGAAAGUGAGGCACAAACUGAACCUUGGGAGCCACCAUGCAAAAUUGUUCCAGGUCAUAAUCCUGAAGUAUUGACAUUAGCUCAUCUAACUUGGGAGCAUGGACUACCUGCAGGUGUCCAUGAGAUACACAUUAUCAACAGGAUGCGGAUAAAAAGAGCUUGGGAAGCUAUUCUACCGCCGAUAGAUACACCGGCCAAUAUAAAAAUGCGAAAUUCGAUAAUAACGGCCUUAGAGAUAGACGAAUGGGCUUUUCGAGAAUCGGAGAUUCAAUUCAUAAUGGAUUUACGUCUGGACUUAAUGAGAAAUCUUCUACAAAGUCAUGAAUCAAAAUACGAGAAAAAAGUGCAGAGUCGUUUCAGUAGACUUAGAAGCAAACUAAGCAAAUAUCGAGACAAUCAAAUUAAGGCUAUCAGAUAUAAUCUUAAACGAGAUCUGCGAAAAUUACACAAGAAACAUCGCAAUGAACAUCAAUCUCGUAAACCCGAUAUAAUUGAACGGCAUAUCGAUCUCAAGUCUGACCUGUAUGCACCGCAAAUGCGUUUCGGUGAACAUCCCCAGAGAUGGCACGAAAUUUUACCGAAGCAACUCUCACGUGAAUAUCAUAUUGAGCAAGAAGAAGAAGAUGCAAUACUUAGUUGGCUACCCACUAUCGAAGAACCAAAAGUAAUUAAACAUAAACCUAAAUCGAUAGACAUCUGUAUACGAGAAACCAGAUGGACGGAGGAAAAACUAAAGCAGCUUCAUUCCGAUUUGAAAGCUAUUCGAAUGAAAGUCAAAUCUGUAGACGAAGGCCCAAGAUUAGUAAAGCGUCACGAACAGCUAGUUUUACCUACCACACCACGCAGAUCGGGAACGUGGGACAAUAAGCAGAAACAACGAGAAGAAUCUGCUAUCUUUAUUCAGAAGCUUGUUAAAGGCAGAGCGAUACAGUGUCUGAUGUACCAAGGACGCAAUAGAUGUAGAGAACUAAUCGAGGAAUUACAAUCGACUCAAGUGCUCGAACACGAAGAUUAUGAUGAAAAGAUACAUAUGAUUAAUUUGCGACAAUUACAAAAACAUCAAUCAAUGCAGGAAAAUCGUUUAUGCGAAAUUCUUGAUUCCUUAGAGGGGAAGACAAUCUGUGGGAUAUUAGAUUUUCUUAGCAAGGAGUUAAUAAGAUUAGAGGAUGAACGUAGAGCUCAUGCCUUUGCCUUGCUUGCUGAAAGAGAAAGAUGUAUGAGAGAAGCCGCCGAAGCUGGCAGGCGACAAGCAGAACGUAACCGACGACGAGAAUUUGAUGAAAUGUUCAAGCAAAUUAUAAAAGUAAAUCAAGACUCAGUGGAAGCGUACUUGGAAGAUAUUGUGAGAGAAGAAAUCGAUUGGAUAUCCGAUAAGGCUGCUAAAGAACAUGUUUCAGAAAUUUGCGAUAAAGUGGACGCUGUAACGAAACAUGCCGCAGAAAACGCUACUAAAUUAGCAGAUGAGGAAUUGAUAGCGGAUAUGAUUUACAAUUUUGUUUUACCGGAAGUGGAAAAGCAUAAUAUGAGAAAAAAGAUUCGCGAUCAGCAACAAAGUUAUAUGAGGAAUGCAUACAUAUCACUUUACGAGAAAAUUUUAGAGUUACCAUCCAUUGAACCAUUGCAAGUUGUGAAUCAAGAAGUUCCUGUACAAAAUGAAAAUGAACAAGAUAUCGAGGCAGAAGAAAUAGAACUUCCAAUUUCUAAAACAGAAGAUAAAAAGCGAGCAGAUUUAGAAAUAGAUUCCCAAAGCGAUUUAAUGGAAGCUCAAUAA